AUGAGUAUGGAGAAGAGUACUAAGGCUUCGCUCUUUUUGGUCCUCUUACUUGCGGCAUUCCUGAUUGGUACGGAAGGAGGAAGGGAUGUUCCAAAGAAAGAUAAUGUGUACCAUCCUCAGAAUUUCUUGGGCUUAGGCCUGGGUUGGCCAUUUCUUGGCGGAUGGCCUUGCUGGAACCAUUUUUUCGGAUUCCCUGGUGGUAUUGGUGGUGCUGGCAAAGGCCUUCCUGGUUCUGGUCCUGGUCUCGGGGGUCUUAUUCCUGGUCUCGGAGGCCUUAUUCCUGGUAUCGGAGGCCCGGGCCCUAAAGGUGAUGGGGGCAUCCCUAAAGCUGAUAUUAAUGGAGCUAAAGGCACAUCUCCAUGA